GGGGUUUCCCAGUCGUGAGAGCAGGGUCACCGCGCCCAUCUCUGCUGUCUGAUGGCCGGAGCGAGCGCCUGACAGCGAGAACACAGAAGAACCAGUCCAGCGCCGGAGAACGACGAGUGUGGGACGUACAAGAAAGGCCGAAUCUGGACCGAGCGUUGUGCUGACCACGUUCACCACAGGGCAUCUGCGUGAAGCUCGCGUCAUUUGGAUCAGAAUCAGCGCGGUUGCAGCUGUCGCGGCUGCGGGUUCGGGGAGUGCCGCUCUCCGCUGACUGACGGACUGUCUGCAGGUCGGGCAGCUGUGGAUCUCUCCUCGCGGUGUACAGUCAAUGAUAGAUACACACCGAACUGUCCCGACAGAACACAGAUCAGUGCGAGCGCCAGUGAGCGGACCGAGUGAAGCCCAUCACCUAGCAGAAGAAAAUGAGUGAGCUGGACCAGUUACGCCAGGAGGCUGAGCAGCUGAAAAACCAGAUCCGAGAUGCACGGAAAGCAUGUGCGGAUGCCACUCUCUCUCAGAUCACAGCCAAUAUUGAGCCUGUGGGGCGGAUCCAGAUGCGCACCAGACGGACACUGAGGGGACACUUGGCCAAGAUCUACGCCAUGCACUGGGGCACUGACUCCAGGCUUCUUGUUAGUGCUUCCCAGGAUGGAAAACUAAUUAUCUGGGACAGCUAUACUACAAACAAGGUGCACGCUAUCCCGCUGCGCUCCUCGUGGGUCAUGACCUGCGCCUAUGCCCCGUCUGGAAACUAUGUGGCCUGUGGAGGCCUGGAUAACAUCUGCUCCAUCUACAACCUGAAGACCCGCGAGGGGAACGUGCGCGUCAGCCGUGAGCUGGCCGGACACACAGGUUAUCUGUCCUGCUGCCGCUUCCUGGACGAUAACCAGAUCGUCACCAGCUCCGGAGACACCAGCUGUGCUCUGUGGGAUAUCGAGACCGGGCAGCAGACCACCACGUUCGCAGGUCACACCGGUGAUGUCAUGUCCCUGUCUCUGGCCCCGGACACUCGUCUGUUCGUGUCGGGCGCCUGUGACGCCUCGGCCAAGCUGUGGGACGUCAGAGAAGGCAUGUGCAGGCAAACCUUCACCGGCCACGAGUCCGACAUCAACGCCAUCGGUUUCUUCCCCAAUGGAAACGCGUUCGCCACGGGCUCGGACGACGCCACCUGCAGGCUGUUUGACCUGCGCGCCGAUCAGGAGCUGAUGGUCUACUCUCACGAUAACAUCAUCUGUGGCAUCACCUCCGUGGCCUUCUCCAAGAGCGGACGCCUGCUGCUCGCCGGCUACGACGACUUCAACUGCAACGUGUGGGACGCUCUGAAAGCCGACCGCGCAGGGGUCUUGGCGGGUCACGAUAACCGCGUCAGCUGCUUGGGUGUGACUGACGACGGGAUGGCUGUGGCUACAGGCUCCUGGGAUAGUUUCCUGAAGAUCUGGAAUUAAAGCUGUAAGAUCGCAUCCGGACUCUUGAGGUUGACAGGAAGACCAUUCCAAAAUGAAAAUGUUUGAUUUUAUCCCCCUCUCUCCUUCUCAAACACAACAGAACUGACCCCAACAUCUAUACACGACAAAAGAGCAAACACGUCUUCUUUGGAAACAACAAACAAACAAAUAAGAGCACAACUGUUACACUCGGCUAGAUUGUAGUUGGUAAGUGGAUAGAGGUUGACAUUUGUGCAUCCUUCUGGGACCAUUUCCUGAUACUGUACCGAGAACACGAGACCCUCAUUCCACUGCUUCUGUCAUUCUGCUAACUUUACUGUGAAAACAGGAGGUUUUUCUAAAAGAAACUAGGGCCUUUCCUGGACCUCUCCCCCAGUCAGGAUCACAGGCCUGCUUUUAUCUCCUAGUUUUGAAAUAUUUUGGGAUCAAAUUAAUAGUUAAGAAUUAGAAACAAGCAGGACGUUCGUCCCAGCGCUUCAGUAAACCGUAAAGGAUUCGGUCAGGGCUCCACUAGCUGCUAUCAGGCCUGUAUAUUUAGUCCCAGGAAAGUUGAUUUAUUAAUAUUUGUUUGUUUUUCUGUCUAGUUGCAAAUGUUUGUUUGCACAAGUUAUAGUUUUGCCAAUACAUUACUAACCCAGCACGUGCUGUUCAUGACGAAUGCUUGAUCUUCAGAGACCAAACAUCUCAGUUUAACCAUACUUCUCCUCAUGCUUUUUUUUUGGGAAAUGUAAUUGAGUGACGAUUAACCAAUCAUUUGAAUGAUUUGAUUUGAUAUGUUUCUUCUCUGUGAUGUGGAGGAUGUUGAAGGAGGGUUUUUUGGGUUUCAACAGAGGUGCCCGUUCUGUGCUCGGAAAACAGUUACUACUCUGUGGAUGACGUUGUAUAAAUCAAUGUUUGAAAAUAAUGAUAUGGAAAACUUUUUAAGUUAAAAAAAAUAUAUUCAGAAAAUCUUCUUUUGGUUGUCGCCCCGAGUGGGAAACUCGUAGAAUCGCAUGCUGUAGAAAUGCUUAAAAGAGGUGCAUAUGGACCCAAGUCCAUGAUGUUUUUCUUUCUUUCCUUUCUUUUUUCUUUUUAAUAACCUGUUUAAUAGAUCAUCACAGUAUUUAUUUUAAUUUUUUCUUAUGCUACUCUGUGCAUAAACAGUUUAGUUUAACCUUCAAAGCUAUGCACUUAAGAGAAGCAAACAUGUUGAUCACAACAACGAAUGGUGAGUUGUUCUGUCCCACACACACACACACACACACACACACACUGACCCUGUACAAACACACACACUCAAAUAACUAGAACAAAGAAAUCUCUCUCUUUCUGUAGCAAAAGGAAAAUUUCAGAUAUUAAGACAGUGCUAGAGACAUUUUGUAAUAAACAGGUUUUUGUUCUUUAAUAAAAAAUAAAUAAAAAAACGAGGCAGCAUCUGAAUGGCAGAACUUCUUCUGUUCUCUUGACAUGUAUCAAGAAAAGCACUCUUUUAGCUGUAGUGGCAUUUCUUCCAUUCUGUUAUUUCUCUGCAACAUUCUGUACAAACGACUAAACGUGCUGUUCGUUGUGCGUUAGGCCUGGAGCUGGCAAGAAAAAACUAAGAAAAAAUGAACUAAAUGAGCUUCUCUUCUUCCCUCUCUUCUUCUCUCCUUGAAUAACUUACAGCUCUGCGUUCCCACUCUACCCUUCUCCAUCUUUUGUAUUUAAUUUUAAAGUCAGUGUACAACAGAAAGCUGGAUGCAAGAUAGAAACUAUAUUAAAAUGUACUGUUAUUUAAGAUGUAAUAAAAGCAGUUUGAGAUGA